UGUAUAGAGGCUGCUCUAGAGGAUGCAGAGACAGAUAUUGAUACUCUGGAGGCCAAGUUAGAAAGGCUAGUGAAGAUGUGUGGCGCUAUGAUAGAUGCAGGGAAGGUGUUUAACCAGACAAACAAACAGUUUAUUGAUAGUGUACAGGAUCUGUCCAAGUACUUUGUGGCUGAUGACAUGGUCACCGAUGAGAAACUAGUAGGGGAAACCCUGGGGAAAUUUGUUAGGGCCAUGGAAGAGCUCCAGAAAUACAGCACUAUCCUCCUGGACCAAGCUCAUCGAUCCAUUUGUAAGAAUGUGAGCACAUUUAUCAAGACGGACAUCAAAAGAGUCAAAGAAAGCAGAAAGCACUUUGAGAAAAUCAGCUUCGACACAGAUAAUGCUUACGUUAAGAGUGCGCAAGCAUCGAAGAAUAAACCAGCAGAGUGCGAGGAGGCGUACAAUGUUCUGACGGCCAUGAAGUCGUGUUUUGCUCACACUUCACUUGACUAUGUCUUCCAGAUCAAUAUUCUUCAUUCCAAGAAAAGAAAUGAUGUCCUUCACACAAUGCUGUCUUAUAUGCAUGCCCAGAAUGCCUACUUCCACCAAGGGUUUGAUCUGUUUCAUGACCUUGAGCCUUACAUGAAGAGUUUAGCCACACAGCUGGAUGAGUUAAAUGUGAAGUCAGAGGCAGAGAAGAGAGAGAUGGAAGGGAGGCAUCACCUGGUGCAGGAAAAGAAUGCCAGUGCAUCCUCCCAGCCAUCUUUGACAUCAGAUGAUCCAAACGUGAAGAUAGAAGGCUACCUGUUUCGCAGGACAAGCAAGGGGUUCAAAACUUGGGUCAGGCGCUGGUUUAUCUUGCAGAACAAUCAGUUAGUGUAUCGCAAGCGCUCCAAAGACAAUCUGACAGUGUUUGAGGAGGACCUCCGUCUCUGCACUGUGCGACUUUUCACAGAAACUGACCGUCGUUUCUGCUUUGAAGUGAUCUCUCCAACUAGGUGUGAUUCAGAUUUUUUUAAAGUAAACACCAAUGGGAGUGGAGAUGGGAACUCUUCCAAAAGCAUAGGUGGAGCCACUGUCAGCCCAGAGGUGGCUCAACCAGAGCCACCGAAGAGAAAUAGUCGUAUGACCAUUUUGUUUUCCAUCCCCGGAAAUGACGUCUGCUGUGACUGUGGUUCCAAAGAGCCGAGGUGGGCCAGCAUCAACCUUGGGAUCACUCUGUGUAUAGAGUGUUCUGGAAUUCACAGAAGUCUUGGUGUUCACAUCUCCAAGGUCCGUUCAAUCACUUUAGACGCCUGGGAACCAGAGCUCUUGAAAGUGAUGGCUGAACUGGGCAAUGGCAUAGUGAACAGAAUCUAUGAGGCAGACGUGGAUGAGAGGAUAGCUAAGAGGGCCACAGCAGACUGCAGCAGGAACAUUAGGGAAAACUGGAUCAAAGCGAAAUAUGUCCAGAAGGCGUUUGUACGGAAACUUCCGCAGCUUGACGAAACAUCUCUCACUGUCAGCCCUGAGCGCCGCCGAUGGAGUGUAUCUCGGCGUUCAAAGAAAUCACCCAGCAGGAAGGUAGCAAAGACCAAGAGAGACACACGUUCCAUGGGGGACAUAAAAUCCACAGGUCCGGACGAACAAGGUGCAAAAAUGUUGCAAGGCACAAGUAAAGACAGUGGUCUGAGUCUGAGCAGUAUAAGCACCACAGACGAUGUCAUUGUAUUCGGUGCCAACAUGCCAGAGGAACCCAUUAUAGAAACAGGUCUUCCAGAAAGUUCCGAAGACUCUUCCACAGAGACGGAAGAAAGUGACACAAAAUCUGUGACCUCGUUAGAAGAUGUCUCCAAAUUAUCCCCCAGUAGUUUACUCUACAAGGCAGCCGUAGCCCACAACGUUGCUGUAAUGCAGGAGGCGCUGGCGCACGGCGCAGACCCCAACUGGGCCAAUGAGGAUGAGGAAGGCAAGAAUGCUCUUAUGAAGGCUGUGGAGAGUGGGUCACUACCGGCCUGUGAGUUUCUGAUGCUGAAUGGUGCAAAGGUGGACAGAAAAGAUAACAAUGCCAAGACAGCCCUCCACCAUGCUACAAGACUGGGGCUGACAGCUCAAGUGUGUCAACUUCUUAAACGCGGCGCCAACCAACAUGCAGUAGAUGCUGAUGGCAUGGAUCCUCUGACCAUUGCUGUGAAUGAUGCUAAUGCCGACAUUGUAACACUGCUGCGCCUUGCAAAGUUAAAUGAGGAGAUGCGAGAGACAGAGGGCCUGUACGGGAACCCUGGCGAUGACACAUUUACUGAUGUGUUCCGAGACUUCACCAAUAUGGCGUCUGAUAAUCCUGAAAAACUGAAAAGAAACCCCUCCUUUCAGGGUUCUGGUGAAAGCAGCUGAGGUCAAGGUGAUAUAAUUUAGGUCAAGGUCAAGGUGGCAUUAUUUAGGUCAAGGUCUCUCAAAGGCCAUUGCUCUCCACUGAUGUUUGAAUGGGAUUAUGCCAAGCUCUUUUUGAGAAAUUGAGAUCUAUUUGUUGUACGAUGUCAUUGUAAAAAUUACUAAGGAAUAAUAUUUUUUCUAGAAGAUGACUAAAAUUAGAAAUUGGAAUUUGCUCCUUUCUUCGUUUGAAUAAUUAUGCAAUAUGUUUUGGUGCUGCCUGCUUAGCGAAGCUUUUUCAAGACAUUGUGCAAGUUUUACAUAAUCAGAUUCAAACUAAUAUGAUGAGACAAUCUACUUAUUCAAAGGGGAGACUGUUUCGUUUAGGAUUUUUCUCUUUUUUUUUUUUUUUCUUUAGUACGUUCUGAUAUUUUAGCCAUUUUACAGAAACCCAACAGUGAUUUUUUAUUGCGCUGGCUCUCUGUUACUUCAUUGAUUUGGUCAUCAUGGAAUACCAUAUAUUUUGUGUGCAAUAUGCUACUGUAGUAUACAAUAAUCAUAUACAAAUUAUCCAAAUGCUACUACACUUACUGUUAUUUUUUAUUUGUGCAGUCAUGUCAGUAAAUGUUUGUAUGAUAUGACAUGACCAUGACAUUAUUUUUCAUAAAAUCAGUGAAGUUUUUUGAGUGUCAUGAUUGUAGUUAUAGUUUAGACAUAUUAUCAUUUCAUCAGUUUGGUGAUAAUUGUUAUGUAAUAGAUAUUGAAUAUGACAUGUUGCAGACACAUGCGGCACAUGCACUAUCUAAAGACUAGCGACAUUGAUAGUCAAAACUUCAUAGAAGUUUUCUUAUAGUUGCCAGGGCCGUAUUGGGGGA